AUGCCUCAACAGCAAACAGACGAGCGCACACAGCUGCUCAAGAAUGGAAGGCCAAAUGCUGGAUCCGACAACAACGAUGCUGGCCAUUCCUCAGCCCAAGCAGAUUCAGGCGACGAAGCAGACGUCGAAACUGUUGACUUUGAGACAGAGGACGACGAGGACCCUCACUACUGGCCCAACUCUAUACGUUACCUUCAAGUCUUUCUGAUCUUCAUUAUCGGCCUGAUAUGUCCGAUGUCAUCCUCAAUUUUCGCACCAGGAAUCGACACCAUUUCUUCGGCGUUCGGCACGUCAAACCAGGCGGUGAUAGGAGCACAGACAGGAUUUGUCUGUAUGCUUGGAAUCGGUCCUCUGUUCUUCGCGCCAAUGUCGGAGACUUUCGGGAGACGUCCAGUGUUCUUGAUCAAUCUGACGCUCUUUACACUCAUGCAAAUACCAUCAGCUCUAGCACCCAACAUCGCGUCGUUCAUCGUGUUCAGAACAUUAUCGGGGCUGUUCGGGUCUGUCAGCGUAGCGAAUGGUGGAGGGACUGUUUCCGACUUGUUCCAGACGCAUGAGCGGGCUACAGUGUUAGGGUUUUAUUUACUUGGCACCAUCGUGUUGCAGCAGAAGAAGGAGAGACUAGAGAAAGAGAAUGAAGGCAAGAAGUACAAGAUCAAAGGGGUAAGCGACAUGGGUCUGUUCCAGAAGAUCAGUGGUAACUCGACUCGAGCCUGCAAGAUCCUUUUCCAACAACCUGUUGUCCUGACAAUGAGUACUUAUCAAGCUUUGAUCUUCUCAACCAUGUACAGCCUUUACACAAACUUCUCCUCUAUAUGGUCAGACCUCUACGGUUUCGACACAACCGAAGUCGCCCUCUCCUACCUUGGCCCAGCAACCGGCUUCAUCCUCACAGCCUGCAUCAUCGUCCCCUUUAUCGACAGAAUCUACAACAACCUCGCCAAAACCCGCAACAACGGUAAGGGCAAGCCCGAAUACCGCCUUCCACUUGCCAACAUCGGCGCCAUAUGUUUACCGGUUAGUCUCUUCUGGUUCGGAUGGACCGUUGAAUACCAAAAACCUUGGCCUGUCUCCCUGAGCGCGAUGCUGCUGUUCGGAGCAAGUCAGGUGAGUAUAUUCAACACGGUGCAGAACUACUACAUCGAUGCGUUUGAGAGUAUGGCGGCCAGCGCGCUUGCUGCUGGCGCGUUUCUGAGGAGUAUGGUUGGUGGGAUUGUGCCAUUGUUUGUGCCGAUGCUCAUUGAUAAGCUGGGGUAUGGUUGGGGUUUGUCGUUGUUUGGGUUUCUUGCAGCGAUCUUGACGCCGGCUCCUUUGCUGUUUUACUGGUAUGGGGAGAGGUUGAGGCAGAAGUUUGCGGUGGAUUUGUGA